AUCCUCUACAAUCUCUCUCUCUCAAAUCCCUUGUUGUUCUUCGGAUAGAUUUCAGUUCUUUAAUUUUCUCCUGACAUUAGUUAAAUAUUUAUAGAAGGGUUAUCAUUGCAUUCGUGGAGAAUUCAAUAUCACAGCGAAGGAGAACAAUAUGCGUUGGUUGAGUUUAUCAAUUGAUGUGUUUCGCAAAGUCGUGCGCUUGAACUUAUAUUGCAGGGUUAUUCUGUAAUUGAAACCCUUUGAUUGAACCUUAAUUUUCUCGUUUGUUGGCCUCUCAUUUCUUCAAACUUCCAUGGGAUCAAAACAGGUUUUCGUUAUUGCUCCUGAUAUUUAUAGGAUUAGCUGAAAGGCAGAUAGUUCAAGCCUCGUUCGCGUUAAAAGUUUUUUUCCAUCUGCUAGUUUUGUUCUCAUUUUGAUUUCAAUUUCAAUUUCGUCGUCUGUUCAAGUCCAAUCUGUGUUUGAUCCUACUAUCUAGCUCGGUCAUCCGCUACUUCUUUCGUGUGUUGCCUUAUAGUCGACUCUGCCUUUUCUGUUCCUUAUUUUUGGACAUUUCUUAGUUUAAACAAUAUAUUUGACCAUUUAAAUCGCACUCUAGAUUGAGUGGUUUUCUCAAGGUUCAAGAGUAGUUAUGGUGUGCCAAGCAGCAAGCCAAACUAGAUUUCGGGCAUUAAAACAUGAGAAUGGAAUUGCAGGAAAACCAACCAUUAUAGUGAGAGUAAUAGCAUGCUUUCAACCUUUGCAGGAUUGCCAGGCUGAGUACUUCCGUCAUCUGCUUAAACCUGUUACGUAAAUCUGUUCCUUUAUUCAGUCAUUUACCAAGCCGGAAGUCAUAGUUCUUUUCCUUUUCCAUUCUUUGUUUUGAAAAGACGCAGCAAGUGACCAUUGCAUAGUGAAGGACAAUUCAUCUUCUUAGGCUAUUGUUUGGUUUGAUGGUUAAGGCCAGCGAUUCGUGGCUUUCUUCGCAGCUUUCUUCUCAGCAACUGCCUGAUUUGAAUUGUAUGAGCACCUUGCUUGAAACGAGGCAACAGGAAUGUUUGCCAUUACUCACCAACCACAGCACUUGCAAGGUUUCUGAACCUGUGAUGUUGCCAGGAUCUACAAGUCCACGUUUGCAGAAUUUGCAGACUGAACACAUAGAUGCAGCUCAUGAGCCACUUCAUUGUUUUUCUCCUGACUUCCAUGCCUUAAUUCCUGCUACAAACCCAUAUAUCAACGGAAAGCAAUCUACGUUGCCUUAUGGUUUCAGUGGUAUGGUUGUGCCGAAUACAAAAUUUUCGGCGUCGUGUCAGAAGGGGUUCCUUAUUUUCGAUCAAUCUGAGAAUCAAACGAGGAUGAUUUAUAAUUAUGUUUGCCCUCCUACCCAGAAUCCGAUCAUUGCCAAUGUGAGAAUUGAUUCUGGUUAUGAUGUUUUGCAAAUGACGGGGAAUGCAGCCAAAAUGGAUCGAAUUGAUCCGAUCAAGAACAUUUCAUGUGAAGCAUCUGAUGGGAAUAAAGAAAGUGAGAUGCAUGAAGACAGUGAAGAAAUAAACGCUUUGCUCUACUCUGAUGACGAUGGAAAUGACAGCGGUGACGACGAAUAUGGUGAGGAUGAUGAAGUGACAUGCACCGGUCAUUUUCCUCCAAUGCCAAUGAAAGAGGAUCAUGAAAAGCAUGAACACAUUGGGGAAUUAACAGAGGAAGUUGCAAGUUCUGAUGGUCCAAACAAAAGGCAGAAAAUGCUUGAUGGUGGGUGCAAGAAAUCAUCUGCUUUGUACACUGCUAGUGUGGUAAAUUUGGAUGGAUCUCACGAAUAUGACAAGGAUGCAAAAUCAUGCUGUGCUGAUGGCCAGACAGGAGUAGAGGAAUCCGAUUGUACUUCGGGAAACAUGCGGUCCAAAAGGGAUAAGAUUAUCGAGAUAUUGAGAGUUCUUGAGAGCAUAAUUCCUGGAGUAAAGGGAAAGGACCCGCUGUUGGUCAUUGAUGGAGCCAUAGACUACUUGACAAUUACGAAGCUUAAAGCCGAAACUCUCGGAGUGAGCUUCCUUUAAGCUUUUUGCUCCUCCUUCCAUAUAUUAGUGGUAUCUUUGGUUAAAAGUGUAGAGAAUCAGAUGAAAAGAUGGUAUCAACCGAGGAUUUCUUUGCUUGAAUCAUUGAUGAAUUUGAAACGACUGAGAGUAGCUUUGGUUCUUGUGGGGUCCUCCCAUCUUUGCUUUUCUCUAUUCAUCUGGAAAGAGCUGUACAUAAUGGGGCAAUAAAGGAGGCAAGUAUUGGGAUGAUAUUGCACGCUGAGAGAGGUGAUAAAAGAAGAAAUGGUUUGUGGUUAUGCUUGUUGACCAGAAAUGAUUAUCUUUUAGCUUUUGGGGGUUAUUAAAGAUAAACAAAAAGUCACAAAGUUGUUUAACGCAUGGGAAUGGUAGUGGUGGGCUGUGCUGUAAAAUGAGUCCCCCUUUUUCCUCAAGUGUUGAGAACCUCUAUAGAUGUGGUGCAUGCGCGUUAGGUAACUCCGGUCCCACCUUCACCACCCUUAUUUUUAUUUAUUUAUGUAUUUAUUUUCAUAUCUUUGUCCUCUCUCUAGUGUUUUACCUCUUUGCACGCCUAUCAUGCUGGUAGAAAAUCUUGAAAAGUAUUGCUGAAAGUUUCUUUGACGGUGAGAGGUAGCAAGUGUUUUGAUGAUGAGUUUCUGGGACCCUUUCGCUUUCCUCAAAUAAUGUGUAAUAAAGGGUUGGCUUGUUUUACACGUGGGUUGGUUAAAAGUCCUUUUGCCGUUGUACAGUAAAGUUUUAAUAUGUUGGCUCUCUGAAGACUGUUGAACUUGUGAUAUGAGUGUAUGAGUGGAAAAGAAGUGUAUUUGUUUUUUGUGCUGUCAGUUGCCGUUUGUGCAUAAUAAUUGGAGUGUGAAAAAUGGAGUGCUUUUAGCGGUGGUGGUAGUGGUGGUGAUGUUAUCUUGUAUGGUUAUGGGGGGUUUUGGUGGAUGCUGGUGAUACAUAUUUUGGCUCUUCUGUUGUCCGGUUGUUUGUUUGUGUUGUAUUUUUAUGCACGUAUGCUGUAUUUCACGUGUGAGAAAAGAAAGUUUCUUUGUGCUGUAUUUUUAUGUCUGUAUGCUUGUGCUGUAUUUUUACGUCUGUAUGCUGUAUUUCACGUGUGAGAAAAGAAAGUUUCCUUCUGC